AUGUCCGGCCAGGUCGAGGCGUACCUCGGCUCCAUGCUCUCCGCGCACGCGGACCUGAAGGACCUCCUCGAGGAGAUGAAGACGCUGUACGAGAAGAGGCUGUGGCACGAGCUCACGCUGAAGCUCGAGGAGGCGGUCGCGCUGCCGAAGUUCCAGACGGGCGAUCUCCUCGUGAACCUGUACCACAACUUCAUCACGGACUUCGAGCACCGGAUCUCGCCGCUGAAGCUCGGGCACAUCGCGGUCGCGGUGUCGUCGAGGUACGCCGAUCGCCUCGCCGCGGCGCAGUUCAUGGACGACGUCAUCACGAAGAUCGCGGACCAGAAACAGCGCGGGCACGAGGAGCCCAUCUUAUACCUGAAGAUGCACGUCGCUCUGUUAAAAGUGCACGAGGGCGCCGCCGCCGACGCGAGAAAGAUGAUCGAAGAGGGCAAGGCUGCGCUGGACGCCCUCCCGUCCGUGGACCCCUCGGUCAGCGCGGCGUUUCACUACGUCAACGCGCAGUACCACAAGAGCAAGCAGCACUUCUCGGAGUUUUACCGAACCGGGAUGCUCUACCUCGCGUACGUCUCGAGCGACACGCUGCCGGCGGAGACGCGACGCGAUCUCGCGGUGGAUCUCUCCCUCGCCGCGCUCCUGGGCGACGACUCGUACGACUUCGCGGAGCUCAUCGCGCACCCGAUCAUGACCGCGAUCGACGACACCGCGUUCGCGUGGCUCAAGUCGCUCGUCGCCGCGUUCAACUCGGGGGACAUGGCGGCGUACGACGCGUUGUGCGUGAAGCACGCCGCGUCGCUAAACGCGCAGCCCGCGCUCGUGGCGAACGAGCGGAAGCUCAGGGAGAAGAUCACGAUCCUGUGUCUGCUGCAGAUUCUGUUCGAGCUCCCCGCGGAGUGCCGCGAGAUCUCAAUCGCGGACAUCGCGGCGCGGACGAAGCUCGGCGUGGACGGGGUGGAGUACCUGCUCAUGAAGGCGCUCUCCGUGAGGCUCAUCGAGGGGGUGAUCGAUCAGGUGGAAGGGAAGGUGAACGUGACGUGGGUCACGCCGCGGGUUUUGUUGAAGCCGCAGAUCAAGGAGCUGAGCGUGCGUUUGGACGGGUGGAUCGAGAAGGUGAAGAGCGUGGGGGAGUCGUUGCAGGAGGAGAUUCCCACGCUCGCGACGAUGGCGUGA